AUGCACAUACCAUCCGUUACUCCGCCCGCACACAGACACACAAGCAUACGUACUCAAACCGCCUCUCUCCACCCCCCCCAAAAAGCGCCCAAAACCCACCCGUCUCGUCUCCCCCCUUCAGACCCGCGGAACCCAUCCGCAUCCCUCACACACGCCACUUACCCUCCAACAGGGCGUAAAAGUGACGUACGUCCAUGUAUCGGGAGUGCGUAUGGGUGUGUGCGUGGCACAAGUUCAAAACAACGGGUACCUGCAGAUAAACGAUCUAGUAGACGUAUCGGAGUUUCCUUUCACCUAAACCCCCCCAGCGCCCCCCCCUUACGUCAAAGUGGGUGCGUGGGCGCGCCAAGGUAA